AUGAGCCUCCGGGAAGAAGCCCAGCACUCCCGCCUCUUCCGCCUGGGCGCGGUGACGUCAUUCGUGGUCGCCCAAUGGGAUGCAGGAUUGAACCAUCGUCGUCGGAACAGCGGGGGAGGACGUCCCAUCGCUCCUCGGAAUAAUCGCGGAGGGUGCACUGAUCCAGGAAAGGCGUGGAAGGCAGAGGGGAGCUUCCCCCACCCUCGCACACGCAGCCGUCCUCUAUGGACAGGCCUCUCCGAGGGGCGGGGCGGGGUGGAGCUUUGGGCAGGAAGCGGCGGCGGCGGCGGCGGCUGCAGCAGGAGUGGAGAGACCCAGGGAACCCCCCCUGAGACCCCGAGCCGCUGUCCAACCCCAGCCAUCUCCCUGGAGCCGCCCAGCUGUGCCUCCGCCCGCCUUCCCGGCACGCCAGAACAUGCCCGGGCCACCAGACAUCAGCUGGGGGCUCUGGGGAAGGAGGAGGAGGAGGAGGAAGAGAAAGAAGAUGCUGAGGACCCAGCCUCUGCCGCCACAGCCGCCGCCGCCCCAGCCCCAGCCCCAGCCCCGGCCCUGGGCUCCCUUCUGGCCAGCAGCAGGCUCAAUCUGGACCUGUACCCGGGGGGCUGUGGCCUCCUCCUGCGCCUGCUGGGACAGGAGGGGGCAGCUGCCAACCUGCAGAGGGUCCAGUUCCUCCGGCUCAACUGCCAUGAGGAGCAGGUGGGGGCCGCCCUGGCACUGCUCCCCCGGCUGCGGCACCUCCGCUCGCUGGUCCUCAAAGGCGGGCACCUCCGUGACGAUGGGGGCUCAUGCCUCCGGGGCGCCCUGACCACUCUGCCCCCCAGUCUCAGUGCCUUGGCCCACCUGGUCCACCUGGAUCUCAGUUUCAACAGCCUCAGGGUGCUGCCAGCCUGUAUCCCGGAGAUGCGGGCUCUGCAAGCCCUCCUGCUCAGCCACAACCUGCUGGAGGGGCUCCCCGAGGCCCUGGGGGCCCUUCAGGCCCUCACCUUCCUCUCAGUCUCCAGCAACUGCCUGCGGGCACUGCCAGCAGGCGUGGCCAGGCUGAGUGCCCUGCAGCGCCUGGACCUGUCUGAGAACCUCCUGGAAUCGGUGCCCGAAGAGAUCGGGGCCCUGAGCGGCCUCACGGAGCUCAGUCUGGCCUCCAACCUCCUCCAGAGCCUCCCGGACUCCCUGGCCAGCCUCCGGUCCCUGCGGCUGCUCCUGGUACACAGCAACCUCUUGGUGUCCGUCCCCCCGGGCCUCGCCCGCCUCCCGCUCCUUAGCCGGCUGGACCUGAGAGACAACAGACUUCGGGACGUGCCCCCGGAGAUCCAGGAGGCCCCCUUUGUGCGGCUGCAGGGCAACCCCUUGGGGGUGCCCGAGCCCAUCCCCGCAGCCCCCUCAGGGGAAGCCCCGGCCCCCGAAGUGCCCAGAGUCCUGCUGGCCUCGGAUGCGGACAGUUUCACGGUCACUUCCUGCGGCUGCUCUGUGGCCCUGGCCUGUGGGGUCCGGAUGCUCUUCCCGCCGGGCGCCACCACCGCCCCCACCACCGUCCGCUACCAGCAGCUGCCCCCGGAGCCCCGCCUGGUCAGGCUGGGCCCCCACGAUGCCCUGCUCAGCGCCGUCCUGGAGCUGCAGCCCCACGGGACCCCCUUCCAGCAGGAGGUGCACCUGUGGCUGCCUUUUGUGCCCCCUCGUGCCCGGCUCGGCUGCCAAGUGGUGGUCAGGACCCUGAGCGGCCGGACCUGGAAGGACCUGGACACCCGCUUGGAGAAGGAAGACGAGCCCAAGCGCCUGUGGGCCAGCUGCCGAGUGCCUCACUUCUCCUGGUUCCUGGUGGUGGCCCGGCCCGCGGAAGACAGCUGCUCCGUGCCCCGGGAGGGGGCGCUCCUCUGCUCCUCAGGAGACCCCGGGGUCAAAGUCAUCUUCCCGGCGGGGGUCACCGCCGAGCCGCGGCACGUCCGAAUGCAGGUGGUGAGGGUGGCGGCCUGGGCUCUGGGGGACGACGUCGAGGAUGCCGUCAGCCCCCUGCUCUGCCUGUCCCAGGACAGCCCCCACAGCUUCCUCGGCCCCGUCACCGUCCAGCUGCCCCUGCCGCCGGGCAUCACCGGCCUGAGCCUGGACCGUGCCCGUCUACACCUGCUCCACGGGGACCCUGGCGUGCCCGCGUGGAGUGACAUCACCGCCCAGGUGGCCCUGGACCUCACCUACCUGUAUGCCCGCUUCCAGGUCACGCACUUCUCCUGGUACUGGCUCUGGUACACCACCAAGAGCUGCGUGGAGGGCCUGGCCCGCAAGGUCUACGACCGGCUGCGCCUCUACCGCGUGAACUUCAUCGCCCUGCAGAGGCGGCGAGACCCGGAGCAGGUGCUGCUGCAGUGUCUGCCGGGAAGGAAGGUGGAGCCCACCCUGAAAAGGCUGCAGCCGCGCUACCGAGGCCCGGAGCCCUCCGACACCGUGGAGCUCUUCGAGGGUGAACGCUUCUUCGCCGCCUUCGAGCAGGGCAUCGCCGUCGAGGCUGAUCGCCCAGACUGUGUGGCCGGAAGGAUCGCCUUCGUCUUCUACUCUCACCUUAAGAACGUGAAGGAGGUUUACGUGACGUCCACGGUGGACAGGAAGACGCAGGCCGUGAAGGGCCAGGUGUCCUUUUACCGAGGGGCAGUGCCCGACGCCGUACCCGAGGAGGCUGUGCGGAGGCGGAAGGGCCCGGAUGCCCUGUGGCUUGCCACCCUGCCCAUCAAGCUGCCUAGGCUGCCCCGGGAAGAAGGGCAGGGUCCCCUGAAGGGGCUGACCCUGGCCUCCCUGAACCUGGGUGAUGCUGAGAGCGGCUUCCUGACUCAGAGCAACCUCGUGACGGUAGCCAGAAGGCUGGGCCCAGACUGGCAAAGUGUGGCCCUGCACCUGGGCCUCUCCUACCCAGAGGUGCAGCGCAUUCAGUAUGCACACAGGGAUGACCUCGAUGGGCAGGUUCGAAACAUGCUCUUCUCCUGGGCUGAACGGCAGAUUGGGCAUCCGGGCAGCAUUCAGCAGCUGCUGGAGGCUCUGGAGCAGAGCGACCGCCGGGAUGUGGCAGAAGAGGUGCAGGCCAUCCUGGAGCUGGGCCGAAGCAAGUACCGCGAGUCCAUCCGGCGAGUGGGCCUGGCUGCUGAGGAAGAGCUCCACACCUGAAGGCCAGACUCCCGGAAGCUGCUUCAGGAGGCUUCGAUGGGUUACCCCCUCCCCCAAGAUCCUCCUGGGCUGUUCUUGGUUCGUCAUGGAGAUGCAGAGACAAGACAGACAAGGUGCCCUUCUGCCAGACUUAACUCUGAAUGACUGGGCAGGACAGAAGAGCCCCCCCUCCACUGGCCUGCUUCUUUCUCUCUUGGGUACCAGUCCAAGAAUGGUUACCCAGGAGACAGGGCUGCAGCAAGAGAGACCCUCUGCCAUCACUCCCAGGGGCAGCCAGCCUCCUGCCUUUGUAAGCUCGUGAAAUUUAAGUUGUAAUCUCAGCUGGGCCCUCGUCACUGGAAGGCAAUCCUUUCAUGCCCCCUUCAUUAACUGCUUGUCCAAGAGCACCACAGUGGCUCUUCCUAAAAAAACGGAGGCCAUUUGCUUAGCUCCCUCCUCAUCUCCCUUGCCCUCCCCCAAACGCCUUCUGCCACCAUCCUCCCUACCCCAUCCCACGUGAAGAAGUGACCUCCUUUCCAGGGACGACCCUUCAACAUGCACCGGCCAUGUCAUGCCCUCCUGCCUGCUCCAGCAGAUGGCUCCUCUGCCAUCCCCGUUCUCUCACUGAUCUUCGGUCUCCCAGGCCAAGGGCUGGUCCCUCCUGGCUACAAAACUGCUACCCCCACAUCCAGCAUCCUGGUCACCCCAUUAACUGGAUGGCCCAAAGAGCUCCCCCUCCCAGGAGUCGACAAACCAUGCCCCCUCCCACCCGGUGAACAUGUCCUUUGUACUAUUUCACUGAAGGAGGACUCAGUUCUCAUCACUACCAGGAUGAUUCUUGGAUGAGUUCAUCCGGUCCCAAGCUCUCUACUCACUUCCAGGAAGUUACCUCUUACAUCUCCAACUGUCUAUUGAACAUUUGAACCCAGACAUCCUCCAGAUGUCUUCAGUUGGACAAUAAGCAUUAAGUACCAGGCAUCAGGCUUCUGAGGUUCAGGGAUCCUAGGGAAGGCAAAAGACUGUCUCUGCUCUCAAGGAGCCCCCCCUCACCCCAGCAAACAACUCUGUACAAGCAAGUUAUAGGUAGAAGAAACUGGAAAUAAUGAAGGGAAGGAAGACACUAGAAUUAAGGGAGAGAAGGAAGGACUUCUUGUAGAGAUGGGACUUAAAGGGAACCAAGACACAGAGAUGGGGAGGAAGGACAUUCCAGGCAUGCCUGGAGUUGGAAGCAGAGUGUCUUGUUGGAAGAGGCCAGUGUCACUGCAUGGGAUGAGGUCAGUCAAAACAACUCGUCAUCCCUUUCCAUUCCUAACAUUCCUAUGGCUCUGUGUCUGGUCAGGCCUGACUCUAUCCACUGAACCACUUAACUGCCCCUCCCCCAUUACUAUUAGUACCACCAUCCUCCAGGCACCUAAAUUCACAAUCUAGAUACCAUCCUCACUCUCACUUCUCAGAUCCAAUCUAUUGCCAAAGCCUGGAGAUUUCACUUCUGAGCAUCUCUUCUGGAUUUCAGGUCUCCAGCAUCUCUUGUAGAUUUCAGCUCUCUGGUAUCUCUUGUAGAUUUCAGGUCUCCAGCAUCUCUUGUAGAUUUCAGCUCUCUGGUAUCUCUUGUAGAUUUCAGGUCUCCAGCAUCUCUUGUAGAUUUCAGCCCACCAGCAUCUCUUGUAGAUCUCAGUUCUCCAGCAUCUCUUGUAGAUUUCAGCUCUCUGGUAUCUCUUGUAGAUUUCAGGUCUCCGGCAUCUCUUGUAGAUUUCAGCCCACCAGCAUCUCUUGUAGAUUUCAGCUCUAGUCUCUGCUUUGAAGAGAAAUCUGCCCCACUCUGGCCGGGACCCUGCUCCUCUCAUGUCUGGCUUAUACAAUGGCUGCUGGUGUGGGUGGGUCUCUCCUCUGGUCAGUUCUCAAUGGUUUUCCUCAAAGCAGACUCAGAUAGUCUGGCCUCAUCCUCUCCAGAGGUUCCCUGUCCCCUCUAAGACCAAAUCGAAAUUCUAUUCCUUAGACCCCCCCCCCCAUCCUCUGGGCCUUUUCCCUGGCUGUGCCCUCUCCCCUCGGUGCUUCCCGGUUUCUCCACCCUUCUUUGUGUCCCCCACUAGCCUGGGAGCCAUCAGAGGUGCUUAAUAAAUGUGUGACUGACA